AUGGCGCCUGGGAGCCGUCAUGGCGCCUGUGCCUGCGAGCCAUCAUGGCGCCUGGGAGCCGUCAUGGCGCCUGUGCCUGGGAGCCUUCAUGGCGCCUGCGAGCCAUCAUGGCGCAUGGGAGCCGUCAUGGCGCCUGGCCACCCCCUCACCCACUCCCUCACCCACUCCCUCACCCACCCCCUCACCCACUCCCUCACCCACCCCCUCACCCACUCCCUCACCCACCCCCUCACCCACCCCCUCACCCACUCCCUCACCCACUCCCUCACCCACCCCCUCACCCACCCCCUCACCCACCCCCUCACCCACUCCCUCACCCACCCCCUCACCCACCCCCUCACCCACCCUCACCUCACCCACUCCCACACCCACUCCCACACCCACUCCCGCACCCACUCCAACACCCACUCCAACACCCACUCCAACACCCACUCCCACACCCACUCCCACACCCACUCCCACACCCACUCCCACACCCACCCCCUCACCCACCCCCUCACCCACUCCCUCACCCACCCCCUCACCCACUCCCUCACCCACUCCCUCACCCACCCCCUCACCCACUCCCUCACCCACUCCCUCACCCACCCCCUCACCCACCCCGUCACCCACCCCCUCACCCACUCCCUCACCCACCCCCUCACCCACCCCCUCACCCACCCCCUCACCCACUCCCUCACCCACUCCCUCACCCACCCCCUCACCCACCCCCUCACCCACCCCCUCACCCACUCCCUCACCCACUCCCUCACCCACCCCCUCACCCACCCCGUCUUGUUGUAG